UGACUCUGGCCCCGAGUUGCGUUUUCAAACUCCAUAAUGCGGCGUUACAUUCGUGCACUAAUGCUGUGCACGGUGUUUGCCGUGUUUUCGGGCUUGUAUGUUUACAGUAAGCUGUUCUACUCGGACGAACUGCUCGGCGGAAACGGACCGAAGAGGGUUUUCAUCCCACCCAGAGUGCCCGGAGCCAGUCGAGGGGCCACGGACAAAACUGGGCCCCAAAACCCACACUGGUACAAUAGGUACAUCAUGCGUCAGAAGGGACGGGCGGAGGCUGGUGGUGGCAGCGUUGAGAGCAGACCCGAGCCUCCCAUGCACCUGGCCGUGGUGGCCUGUGGGGAGAGGCUGGAGGAGACUCUCACCAUGAUCAAGUCUGCCGUGCUUUUCAGCAUCAGACGCCUCUACCUGCACAUCUUUGCUGAAGAUCAACUACACGCUAGCUUCACGGAAGCUUUGGAGUUGUGGCCUGGAUUUAUCCGCUCCAGGUUCAUCUACACAGUCUACUCUAUCAGCUUCCCUAGUGAGAACGCAGCCGAGUGGAAGAAACUCUUCAAACCCUGCGCCUCUCAGAGGCUCUUUUUACCACUGAUUCUUAAGGACGUCGACUCGAUUGUGUACGUCGACUCUGACGUCCUCUUCCUGCAGCCUGUAGACGGAUUGUGGGCGUUCCUGUCCCAGUUGAAUUCCUCUCAGCUGGCAGCCAUGGCCCCUGAGCACGAGGAGCCUCGCAUUGCCUGGUACAAUCGCUUCGCCCGCCACCCUUUCUACGGAAGGACGGGCAUCAACUCAGGGGUCAUGCUCAUGAACAUGACGAGGAUGAGGAACGCGUUCUUUAAGAAUGACAUGACGUCUGUGGGGCUGCGUUGGGAGGAGCUGCUGAUGCCUCUACUCCAGAAAUACAAACUCAACAUAACCUGGGGGGACCAGGACCUUCUCAAUAUAAUUUUCCACCACAACCCUGACACAUUGCUGGAGUUUCCGUGCCAGUGGAAUUAUCGUCCAGAUCAUUGCAUCUAUGGGAGUAACUGUGCUUCAGCUGAGGAGGAUGGCAUCUACAUACUGCAUGGAAACAGAGGGGUUUACCACAACCACAAGCAGCCGGCCUUCAGAGCUGUUUACGAGGCUGUACAAAAGUACUCAUUUGGCGCAGACCCAGUGACAUCUUUGUUGGAUCCUCUAGAAGAGGAACUGUUGAAGACAACCCAUACUUAUUGCGGUAAAUCCCACAUGAUCUUCACUAAGAGACUGGCACGCAGCCUGGCAAAUAUCAACAGGAAGGCUCCACAUGGACGGUGACAAAAAUGAAAUACAAGAUGGGAUGGAGGCCAGUAGGAUUUUUACAAGCUCAUACACCAAGAUAAGGAACCCUGCUUAUUGCAGCUAACUAUUCAUACUUGCUGUUCUUGAGCAAGACAUUGAACUCAUAUCUAUCUGAUCUUACAAGCCAACUGAUGCUUGCCUGCUUUGAAGGGGGUUUUGACUGAUAUACAAAAAAAGGAACCACUAAAACUUGGUUAACUAGUUGUUAACUGGCAAACAGUUCAAAAACUAUGAACAUACAACUUUGACACUGUGGAAUGAGUGGAGUUUUUUUAUUUCUUUGGUAAACAGUUGCUUAAAGCUCAGUAGCUAGAUUUCCAUCCAAAUGUUGUGCAAAUUUUUACUUAAUUUUGAGAAAAUUGGCAAAAGAAAAUGAAAAUUA